GAACAGAAGCGCGAAGUUGCCCAUCGCUCACAACCGCAACGUAUGGCGGCGAGAGAGGAUCUCUACCCCGCCUGAUGAGCUCCAUUUCGGAUACCACCUCUUGAGUAUCCCCGCGGGCCGUGAAAAGACCCUUUUUUUUUUUUUGGUUUAAAAAAAAAAAAAAAAAAGGAGUCCACAUCCUCUCACCAGGACAUCGACCGUGUGAGGGGUUUUAUCGAAGAAAGGGCGUGAGUGUAGUCAGCAGUGGAUGUGUUAGUGAGGACAUUUAAACAGCACCUGGCCAGGAUGGGCUGCACGCUGAGCACCGAGGACAAGGCGGCGGUGGAGAGAAGCAAGAUGAUCGACAAGAACCUGCGGGACGACGGCGAGAAGGCGGCCCGGGAGGUCAAGCUGCUGCUGCUGGGCGCCGGAGAGUCGGGAAAGAGCACCAUCGUCAAGCAGAUGAAGAUCAUCCAUGAGGCGGGCUACUCGGAAGAGGAGUGCAAGCAGUACAAGGCCGUGGUCUACAGCAACACCAUCCAGUCCAUCAUCGCCAUCAUCCGAGCGAUGGGCCGCCUUAAGAUCGACUUUGGCGACACCGCCAGAGCUGACGAUGCGCGGCAGCUAUUCGUGCUGGCAGGGUCCGCUGAGGAGGGCUUCAUGACCGCCGAGCUGGCGGGCGUCAUCAAGCGGCUGUGGAAGGACGGUGGCGUCCAGGCGUGCUUCAGCCGCUCACGGGAGUACCAGCUCAACGACUCUGCCGCAUACUACCUGAACGACCUGGAUCGGAUCUCACAGGGAACCUACAUCCCCACGCAGCAGGAUGUGCUGAGGACCCGGGUCAAGACCACAGGCAUCGUGGAGACCCACUUUACUUUCAAAGACCUGCACUUCAAAAUGUUUGACGUUGGCGGUCAGCGCUCCGAGCGUAAGAAGUGGAUCCACUGCUUCGAGGGCGUAACCGCCAUCAUCUUUUGCGUGGCCCUCAGCGACUACGACCUGGUGCUGGCCGAGGACGAGGAGAUGGUGAGUGUUUUUAAGCAAAGGUGUCUUGGUGAAACUAGAUUGUCUUGCCUUUCACCUCAGAACCGAAUGCACGAGAGCAUGAAGCUCUUCGACAGCAUCUGCAACAACAAGUGGUUCACGGACACGUCCAUCAUCCUCUUCCUCAACAAGAAGGACCUGUUUGAAGAGAAGAUCAAGAAGAGUCCUCUCACAAUCUGCUACCCGGAGUACGCAGGCUCCAACACGUACGAGGAGGCGGCCGCCUACAUCCAGUGUGAGUUUGAGGACUUGAACAAGCGCAAGGACACCAAGGAGAUUUACACUCACUUCACCUGCGCCACCGACACCAAGAACGUGCAGUUUGUCUUCGACGCCGUCACCGACGUCAUCAUCAAGAACAACCUGAAAGACUGCGGCCUCUUCUGAGGGCCACCGCGCGCGACGACAUUUCGUGGGGUUAGGCUGGAAUGUAAACCGAGCAGGAGAAAAAUCGUUCCCACCGCCGCACUGUACCAUAAACGCCACUUUUAUCAGCUUUAUUUAUGUCUUUUUGUCCCUGAACUAUUGUGUUUGCAUCCGUUUGUCGGAGAAAGAAGACACUCUCUCUUGUUGUCUCGAGCUAGAGGGGAGUUAAGGAUUCCACGUUUGAGUCCCAGUCGGUUGGUACUCGUGCCUUCGCAUGCCCUCAAGUGCGGCCGCGGCCCCCGCGCUCGCUCUAUUGCCUGCUGACUCCUUUUAUUGUCCCCCAUCAUACGUCUGGGUCCUCGCUGUCGGCUGCGUGGACGCCGCUUUUGUCAAGAGAAUGGCACAGGAAGUCUCCAUGGUGACCAACGUGUCGCCUCCCUCGCCAUCGCCCGUGCAGCACAAUAGCAAAAUGUAUAUCCUUACGUUCAGAUCAGGGCUUGUCUUUUUCAAGACUGUAAAAUAACAUCAUCCUUUCAUCUGACAUUUUAUUGCGGGGAGACGUCGCCGAGUGUUUGGGAGACACGAAGAAAAAGGACAUGUCUUGUAGCUGUGGUUUCCGGCCCAAACACAAACUAAGACGGUGGACGUUUGAGUCUCGGUAGCCUGGCACUACUUCCCCGCGCGGAGGGAUACACCGUGUGUAACGGUCUCCACAGAGACUGAUAACCUUUGUAGACUCACCUCCCUUAUUUUGAUAAUAAAAACACACAAGUCA